CGACUUUUCUUAGACUGAUACGCCACAGGCUUGGUGUAUACGAACUCCAUUCGGUUUCUCAACUCUACUAGCAAUUGCAAUCGUUAACCAGUCAAAGGAUGGCUGAAGCAUCCAAAGCGACCUCCUCGACGACUUACCCGACAAACAUGACGAACCUUACAGAUUUACAGCUGCGACAAACCAUCACGCAGCUCUCCAAUGCAGCCAACAACCCUACAAACCAGUUUCAGCACUACGUCUCCCCCGCACCCCAACAAUCAACUUCCAAAGCUUACCUUAAAAAUGUCCACACCUGGUCAACAACAAAUCCGAACAAGGCUACCCGCGCCCGUCAUCGCACCGCAAAGAACACCGCCCCACCACCACCACCACCGACCGUCGUGACGCCCGUAUACCAACCGCCCCCACCGCCAGUCGCACCCGUACCAGUCGCACCUCCUCUUCCGCCUAACCCACCCCGUCAUCCACUUCCAGUAGUCCCCCAAGCUCUCCACUCCACAUACGCCUCCCGCCUACGCACAGGGACGACCCUCCUCGUCCAGCCAAUACUCACGCAGCCCUCUGCAGCAGCAGGAAACACAAGAGCCUCCACCCGUCGUGGAGGCAUGAUUAACUACGCCGAACCAGCCUCUGGCGACGAGUUCCCUGAUGCCGGUGCUAUUGAAUCUGACGAUUCAGACUUUGUGGCUAGUGGUGGUAUGAGAACGACUUUGAGGACACGGAGAAUGGGAACUGGCAUGUCGGUUUUUCACUCGGGGAGUGGGAUGUCCACGCCUCAGCCACAACCACCAGCGCGGCGUUCAACACCGAUGCACAAUGACAAGGGAGAGUUGGAUCAGAGUUAUUUAGGCAUGAUCCCCCCAAGUCGAUUUAUCAAAGGAAAGCCCGUCGCUCCAACUGCACAUGAAUAUCCUCCGCCGGAUAUGCUUCACGCACAAGCACAAAUACGCGCCUCUCUAGUACCUAUUCGGGUCGAAUUUGAAACAGACACUCUGCGAAUACGAGACUGCUUCGUUUGGAACUUGAACGAGACCCUCAUCAAACCAGAAUCAUUCGCAAAAGUAUUUUGCGCAGACCUCGAUCUGCCUACCGUUCCAUGGGUGGAGACAGUCGCCAAUCAAAUUCGUGCGCAGCUCGAAGAUCACGAAGGCGUGGCAUCGAUGGAUAUCGGCGUAGACCGUGCCAUGGAUUUGGAUCCGCAUGUUGAAGGUGGCGAUGAGGUUCCUGAAUGUCGUGUUAUCUUAAGCAUCGACGUGCAAAUAGCAGCACAUCAUCUACUGGACCAUAUAGAGUGGGACUUGCUCUCGCCACUGACACCUGAAGCAUUCGCUUCCCAACUUUGUAAUGAGCUGGGUUUAUCAGGGGAGGCGGUGCCACUUAUAUCACAUGCGAUCCAUGAAGAGCUUAUAAAGCAUAAGAAGGACGCUAUUGAAUGGGGCGUCAUUGGUGGGGACAAGGAGGCUGAGGGGAUGAAGGACAAGACGGGGCUCGGUAUGGGUUGGGGGCGCACGAAGGGACCAAAGGUCUUACAGAGCGUAUGGAGGGAAUGGACGGAAGCAGAAGAGUUUAGAACAAGAUUCGAGGUCCUCACCGCAGAAGAAGUAGAGAGGAGAGAAGUCGAAAAAGAGAGGGCGAGCAGGCGGUUACGUCGCGAAACAUCCAAGUUCCAAACUACAAGAACCAGACGACGAUGAUCUGGAUGCAUAAUCCACCACACCUACUUUAGUGAGAGGGUUCUGUCCGGUUUAAAUGUCAUGCUGUCUGUCAAUUCAUGCGCGAGAAGAUUCUUGACGUGACUGUACAGUUUAUUGGAUACAGUUUCCGUGCCUUGAUGCAUUGAAUGCAUCACGGAUGCAUCAUACUGAUGCAUGAGCCGUACAGCACCGUGCACGAAUUAACA